UCUGCAGUCGUUCAAACAGUCGCCCCUGUGAAUUGCGCAUGCUCCCUGUGUCUCCUUCACUGUGCCCUAUCUUUGCCAGGCCGGCAGAUGCUAGCUUUGACAGGGUGAAAAAGGACCAGACAUCUCCUCUCCUUGCUUCACAUCAUAAAAUCGGUACAAUGGCUGUUCCUCCUUCAUACUCAGACCUGGGCAAGGCUGCCAAGGACAUCUUCAGCAAGGGCUAUGGCUUCGGCAUCGUGAAGCUGGACUUGAAGACCAAGUCUCAGAGUGGAGUGAUGGAGUUCAACACAUCAGGUUCCAGUAACACAGACACAGGGAAGGCAGCUGGUAACCUGGAGACAAAGUACAAGAUGAAGGAGCUGGGCCUGAGCUUCAACCAGAAGUGGAACACCGACAACACUCUGGCUACAGAGGUCACUGUGGAGGACCAGCUGGCUCAAGGUCUCAAGCUGGCUCUGGACACAUCCUUCGUACCAAACACUGGUAAGAAGAGUGGCAAGCUGAAGACUGGCUACAAGCGUGAAUUCCUUAAUGUGGGCUGUGACGUCGACUUCGAGGGUCCCAUCAUCCACGCAGCAGCCGUGGUGGGCUAUGAGGGCUGGCUGGCCGGGUACCAGAUGGCCUUUGACACGGCCAAGUCCAAACUGGCCCAGAACAACUUCGCCCUGGGAUACAAGGCUGGAGACUUCCAGCUCCACACCAACGUUAACGAUGGGACUGAAUUUGGGGGUUCUAUCUACCAGAAAGUGGAUGACCAGCUGGAGACGGCAGUCACUCUGGCCUGGACGGCCGGCAGCAACAACACACGCUUUGGCAUCGCAGCCAAAUACGCUCUAGACAAAGAUGCUUCCCUGUCUGCCAAAGUGAAUAACGCCAGCCUGAUUGGAGUCGGUUACACCCAGAGCCUCAGGCCAGGUGUGAAGGUGACUCUGUCAGCCCUGAUCGAUGGGAAGAACUUCAACACCGGCGGUCACAAGGUUGGCCUGGGCUUCGAGCUGGAGGCAUAAAGCAGGAACAAAACCCACCAACCAAGAGAAGAGCUCAGAACCAAUCACACCUCCAUUCCCAACCACAUGCAAAUCCUACCACAGCCCUUAUCCAAAACCAUCUUCAUGUAGCCUCUCCAUUCCUACACCUCUGUCUCUCACACACACACACACACUAAGUGUUUAGGCAGGAAUAGUCAAACCCGUGGCAGCCAUGUCCGUCAUGACUGAAGUAGCUAAAUAACCUGAAUGAAUUCUGAGAGACAUUCUGUAAUGUCAUGGCCAUUAUAUAUUCUAGUCCUUUGGUUUAGAUAGUUAGCUACCACUACCGUUCAUCUUGUUUUAAAGAAAGUGUUUCAGUCUUAGAGGGGAAAGGCAGGCACAUAAGAUGGAUACCUCCCCUUUAACUGACGUUGUACAGAAGCGCAGGGGAGUUUUGUCAUCUGACUGGUAACUGAAGAGUCACCUCUCAGUAGGGGUUUAGGGGAGUAGUCCUUGGGAAACUUGUAGCUUAUGUACGUGUAUAUAUUCCCCUUCGUCUUUCAUUGUAAACAUGUCUGAAUGAAUAUCUGGGGUAGAACGGAAGGCUUGGUAAGAAUGGAAGCCUCAUGCAUUUGAAGUCUAGUGUUCCCUUGGUAAAAAAAAAAGUGCUCCGUCUGUCUGUUUCUUUUGUAUUGGUUUGAGUAUCAAAUGUUGUAUUUUGGUUGUGAUGUUGUCAGUCGUGGACCAUGGUAUCAGUUAAACUAGGUGUGAUCAUAUGAUGUUUUAGUGAUGUUGGACAUUAUGUACGACUCAAUUGUAUGUUUUCAUAUCACGGAUGUAAACCGUUGUUGGUUUUGGUCGGGCUGGGUGGGUGGAAAGAGACCGGUUAAAGCCACAAGAAACAGGGUUGGCGUAAGAACUCAUCUCAUUUCAGACAAUUUAUGUUUUAAUUCCUCAUUUGACUGAAGUGAGAUUUUAAUUGAGUCCAACCUUGAGAAUGAAUCCACCAUUUGACCACUGCUACCAUCUGCUGUUACUGUAACCACUGAACAAUAGGGGCGUCUGCAGGAGAGUUUCAGUAAGAUUUUAGCGAAGGACCUGUCAGGAGUAUCGUCCGCUGAAUGCAGUUCUACAUGUGUCCCGAAACACUCAAAUAUUUUCCUCUCCUUUGAAACACUCAAAUAUUUUCCUCUCCUUUGAAACACUCAAAUAUUUUCCUCUCCUUUGAAACACUCAUAUUUUCCUCUCCUUUGAAACACUCAUAUUUUCCUCUCCUUUGAAACACUCAUAUUUUCCUCUCCUUUGAAACACUCAUAUUUUCCUCUCCUUUGAAACACUCAUAUUUUCCUCUCCUUUGAAACACUCAUAUUUUCCUCUCCUUUGAAACACUCAUAUUUUCCUCUCCUUUGAAACACUCAUAUUUUCCUCUCCUUUGAAACACUCAUAUUUUCCUCUCCUUUGAAACACUCAUAUUUUCCUCUCCUUUGAAACACUCAUAUUUUCCUCUCCUUUGAAACACUCAUAUUUUCCUCUCCUUUGAAACACUCAUAUUUUCCUCUCCUUUGAAACACUCAUAUUUUCCUCUCCUUUGAAACACUCAUAUUUUCCUCUCCUUUGAAACACUCAUAUUUUCCUCUCCUUUGAAACACUCAUAUUUUCCUCUCCUUUGAAACACUCAUAUUUUCCUCUCCUUUGAAACACUCAUAUUUUCCUCUCCUUUGAAACACUCAUAUUUUCCUCUCCUUUGAAACACUCAUAUUUUCCUCUCCUUUGAAACACUCAUAUUUUCCUCUCCUUUGAAACACUCAUAUUUUCCUCUCCUUUGAAACACUCAUAUUUUCCUCUCCUUUGAAACACUCAUAUUUUCCUCUCCUUUGAAACACUCAUAUUUUCCUCUCCUUUGAAACACUCAUAUUUUCCUCUCCUUUGAAACACUCAUAUUUUCCUCUCCUUUGAAACACUCAUAUUUUCCUCUCCUUUGAAACACUCAUAUUUUCCUCUCCUUUGAAACACUCAUAUUUUCCUCUCCUUUGAAACACUCAUAUUUUCCUCUCCUUUGAAACACUCAUAUUUUCCUCUCCUUUGAAACACUCAUAUUUUCCUCUCCUUUGAAACACUCAUAUUUUCCUCUCCUUUGAAACACUCAUAUUUUCCUCUCCUUUGAAACACUCAUAUUUUCCUCUCCUUUGAAACACUCAUAUUUUCCUCUCCUUUGAAACACUCAUAUUUUCCUCUCCUUUGAAACACUCAUAUUUUCCUCUCCUUUGAAACACUCAUAUUUUCCUCUCCUUUGAAACACUCAUAUUUUCCUCUCCUUUGAAACACUCAUAUUUUCCUCUCCUUUGAAACACUCAUAUUUUCCUCUCCUUUGAAACACUCAUAUUUUCCUCUCCUUUGAAACACUCAUAUUUUCCUCUCCUUUGAAACACUCAUAUUUUCCUCUCCUUUGAAACACUCAUAUUUUCCUCUCCUUUGAAACUUGCCACACUUCUGUAUAUACCAGCUGGUAGGUGAAAAUAAUAUGGUGGAAUCUUCCAGUAGGUUAGAAUAGGUGGCAUUUCUACAGUGUUGCUUUCAUCUAUCUAGUUAAGAUCUGUGGUCACGUGAAGAGGGACGUGGACAUGGAGCUAUUUGAGAGUAUUUUGAGCGACUCAUGAGUUAGAAUUUCUGUUCAGGGAUUUAUUUAGUCUGUUCUAAAAUGUGUGUCUUGGUGCCAUUCUAGAAUGUUGUUGUUGCUCAUGCUACUUUGGACCGACACCCCUUCCUGGCUGCCAUCGGUCCCAUUGGAAGCUAAUCAACACUCCCUGUCAUUCCCACUCUCUGUACAUGGUAUACAUAUUCUCCUCUUAGUUUCACCACUCCUACAGUCAGAAAACACUUGAAGGGAUCAUGUCACAGGCUGUUGUGUGGAACUCAACUGUUUCCUUCACCAAGUCAUAAACCAGUUAUCCAUUUAUCUUUGUUUUCUUUCCAUUUGUUGACAUAAUUGUGAAUCACUUUGAUUUUGUGUGUUUAGACACAGUACCACAUUUUUUCCAACUUCAAGUAAUGGAAUUCUAAUAAACACAUUGA